AGUUGCUUCGACCAAUUUAUAGGCAAAUUGCAGAUAAUCAAAACGCAGAAAUAUUUUCUGCUAACACAUUGCUUGUUAUUCUAGGAACAAGUCUUCUCACUGCUAGGGCUGGACUGUCCAUGGCACUGGGAGCAUUUUUGGCUGGUUUGCUUCUUGCGGAAACUGAAUUUUCCUUACAGGUUCAGUCAGACAUUGCUCCAUAUCGCAGCCUUCUAUUGGGUCUCUUUUUCAUGACGGUUGGAAUGUCUGUUGAUCCAAAACUUCUUGUUUCAAACUUCCCUGUUGUAGUUGGAUCAUUAGGACUCCUACUCGUUGGUAAAUCCCUGUUGGUUGCUUUAAUUGGCAAACUAUCUGGCAUUUCAAUAAUAUCAGCAAUAAGAGUUGGUCUUCUUCUUGCCCCUGGUGAAGAAUUGGCAUUUGUUGCUUUUGGUGAAGCUGUUAAUCAGGUUGGUUUCUUUAUUAACUACAAUGUGGGUAAAUUGCUUGUUUGCUAUACUAUUCGCAGCUAUACAAUUUAUCUGUAUAUAUAUGUACAUUUAUUUAUUUUCUCAUCUG